GGGUUGUACUUGUUCAUUGCUUUUAAUAAAUAAAUAAAUAAAUAUGAGUGAAGUUGUGCUUGUAGCCAUUGCUGCUGCAAUCGGGAAUUUUUUGCAAGGAUGGGAUAAUUCAGCACUUGCAGGGUCUGUCCUUUUCUUCAAAAAGGAAUUUGAAUUGGAAACCAAACCGACUAUUGAAGGUCUAAUUUUGGCCAUGUCACUCAUCGGAGGCACAGUCAUUACUACAAUUUCCGGACCUGUAUCAGACAGGAUUGGGCGACGUCCUGUGUUGAUAAUCUCAUCAGUUCUGUAUUUUGUCAGUGGUCUGAUAAUGUUGUUGGCUCCCAAUGUCUAUGUUCUUCUUUUGGCAAGGCUAAUAGAUGGUUUUGGAAUUGGUCUAGCUAUUACCAUUGUUCCAGUUUACAUAUCUGAGACAGCCCCACCUGAAAUUAGAGGACAAUUGAAUACCCUUCCUCAGUUCACUGGUUCUAGUGGAAUGUUCUUGUCCUACUGCAUGGUGUUUGCAAUGUCACUUACGGAUUUGCCAAACUGGAGAUUUAUGCUUGGUAUUCUUUCGAUUAUAUCCGUUUUUUAUUUUGGGUUAACAGUACUUUACCUACCUGAAUCCCCACGGUGGCUUGUCAGUAAAGGCCGGAUGAUUGAGGCUAAACGAGUUUUGCAAAGACUACGCGGCAAGGAAGAUGUUACAGGUGAGUUGGCUUUGCUAGUUGAGGGCCUUGAUGUUGGGGCUGAUGCUUCCAUAGAAGAGUACAUAAUUAGCCGAGUUAAUGAGCCAAAUGAUAACAGGGAAAUGACUGCAGGGAAAGAUCAAAUAAGGUUUUAUAGUCCUAAGGAGGGUGUCUCGUGGGUUGCCAAACCUGUGAAUGGACAGAGUGCUCAUGGCAUUGUGUCCCACCAUGGAAGCUUGGCCAAUCAAAGCAGUGUUCUUAUGGAUCCACUUGUCACUCUCUUUGAUAGUGUCCAUGAGAAGCUCCCUGAGACGGGAAGCAUGCGUAGCAUGCUAUUUUCAAACAUGGGCAGCAUGUUCUAUGAGGGAGAUCAUCAGAGUAAAAAUGAGCAAUGGGAUGUGGAGAGCCAAAGGGAUGGUGAUGGCUACACAUCAGAUGCUGCUGGGGAAAAUUCUGAUGACAAUUUGCAUAGUCCGUUGCUGUCACGUCAAACGAGUGUUAUGGAUAAAGGCAUUUCACAUUCUGUAUCACAUGGCAGCCAUUUAGACAUGAGCGGAAAUAGCAGACUCAUGGAAGGAUAUUCUGGUGAAGCAGUCAGUCAUGCAGAUAUUGGUGGUGGUUGGCAACUUGUGUGGAAAUGGUCUGAGAAAGUAGGUGAAGAUGGGAAAAAGGAAGGAGGAUAUCAGAGAAUCUAUUUGCAUCAGGAGGCUGCCCUUGGUUCAAGGCCUGGAUCCCUUGUUUCAGUUCCUGGUGGUGCAAUGCCUGAAGAGGGUGAAAUUUAUCAGGCUGCUGCUUUGGUUAGUCGGCCAGCUCUUUGUUCCCAGGCCUUAAUGAGUCGGCAUUCAAUUGAACCAGCAAUGGUUCACCCACCGCCAAGUGUUACUAAAGGACCAAGUUGGACUGAUCUUCUAGAACCAGGAGUCAAGCGUGCAUUGUUGGUUGGGAUGGGAGUCCAAAUUCUUCAGCAGAUGUCUGGCAUAAAUAGUCUUCUCAACUAUGGUCCUCAGAUUCUUGAGCAAGCAGGUGUUGCAGUUCUUUUAUCAAAUAUGAGCAUUGGGUCAACCUCUGCAUCCCUCCUCCUAAGCGCUUUCACAUCUUUCUUUAUGCUUCCUUGCAUAGCUGUUUCCAUGUGGUUAAUGGAUAUCGCUGGCAGAAGGUCACUGCUGCUGUCCACAAUACCUAUCCUAAUAGCGGCACUCAUUGCACUAGUGCUUAGCAGCAUUGUCAGCAUGGGGUCUGUGGUUAACGCAACAAUCUCCACUAUUGGUGUAGUGGUCUUCACCUCCAUCUUUGUCAUGGCUUUUGGGAUCGUUCCCAACAUUCUUUGCUCAGAGAUCUUCCCUACUCGUGUUCGUGGCCUCUGCAUUACUAUCUGUGCCCUCACUUAUUGGAUUGGAAACAUCAUUAUCACUUACACCACUCCUCUUUUGCUCACCUCCAUUGGCCUCUCUGGUGUCUUUAGUAUCUAUGUGAUUGGGUGCACCAUUUCAUAUAUAUUUGUUUACUUUAAGGUUCCUGAAACCAAGGGCAUGCCUCUAGAAGUCAUAUGUGAGCUCUUUGCUAUGGGUGCAACUGCAAAGCAGCAGGCUGUUGAAGCUGUUGAUAACUGACUUGAUUGUCUAGGAAUUUCAGAUUAUAGCUUAAAUUUAAUUCUCCUGGAAUAUGAGCUGCCAAAUUUUAUUGUGGUUGAUUUAUUAAAAUAGGUCUUUGGAGUUCAAAACACAAAUCCUAAAUGGGGUUCUUAUAUCUUUGUAUUAGGAUUUAGGAGAAUGAAUUGAUUGGACUUCUUUUUU